CUUUUCCCAGAAAAGGACUGGGUCGUGUCGUUGGGACCACGUCGUCAGGACAGUAGUCGCCGUCGGGGCGUGGAAUUUACCAUCGAGUAUAUGUGUGAGGGGAAUAGUCUCGUAGUGCUCGUGCUCCACGAGGCCGAAGCACCAGACACAAGCCCUCAAGCCGUCGAAGGAGCGGAGGCUCAUUAG